GUACAAUCGUCAUCCCAUCAAACACCCCUGCAGAUAGAAUCUCAAGUUGCACAAACAAGAAAAAGAGAGAUUCCCCAUUACCCCACGUCACCGAAGUCACACAACAUCCUCUGGUCCUUCCUUAACCCCUCUCUUCUUUGCUUUCUUUACUGGUUUCACUACAUUGUUGAUAUCAAUGGGUGCACUUUCCGCCGUCCUUGCCAUCCCUUAUCGAAGCAUUAAGGAAUCUAUUGAAAGAAGUCGCAAGCAGAAGAACAAAAAUAAACAAGCAAAUAAACAAACAAAAUCUGCACCAGGAAGUCGCACACCCAGUAUUUAUCGUGAGAAAGGAGGCAGAACACAGAGAAAAGAGAGAUUAGAAGCAAGAGUUAGCCCGGAAAAAGGAAGAUCGCAAUCAUUAGGUUAUCUACCAUCGUUCGAAACGCCUCCGGCAGAAUUGGAGGCAGACUUGGGCAAGGGGUUAAACAAGGGAAAGGGAAAGGAAAUCGAAGGGGCGUCGCUGCAGAAAUUGUCGACGGGGUUAAAGACGACGGCGCAGAGAGACUUUGCGCUGGAAUCUACACAGCAGGUAGAGGUCAUUUCGUAGACGGAAAGAUCAAGCUUGCACUUCCUUUUGCUUUGUUUUCUCGACAAGAACGAAUUGGAAAGGCUGGGUUUGA